CUCGCACUUAGCUAUUGCUGUUAUCGAUAAGUCGAUUUCUUAAGAUCUUAAAAGUUUUAUUUUUGUCAUUAAACGUUGCGCGCGUCGUCAAUUCGGUCGUGUCUGUCUCCAGUAUAUUCGAAAAUCAAGCAAGAUGUCCAAGCCUGCGUACAAAGUUGCCGAUAUCAGUCUCGCCGAAUGGGGACGCAAGGCGAUCAUCAUUGCGGAGAAUGAGAUGCCCGGUCUGAUGGCGUGCCGCAAGAAGUACGGACCCUCCAAGAUCCUUAAGGGUGCCCGCAUCACCGGCUGCCUGCAUAUGACCGUACAGACGGCCGUGCUCAUUGAAACCCUCGUCGAGCUGGGCGCUCAGGUCCAAUGGUCCAGCUGCAACAUUUUCAGCACACAGGAUAAUGCCGCAGCAGCGAUAGCGGCAACUGGAGUGCCCGUUUAUGCCUGGAAGGGUGAAACCGAUGAGGAGUACAUGUGGUGCAUUGAACAGACCCUCGUCUUUCCCGAUGGCCAGCCACUGAACAUGAUUCUGGAUGAUGGUGGCGAUCUGACCAAUUUGGUGCAUGAACGUUUCCCCCAAUAUCUGAAGGACAUCAAGGGUCUCAGCGAGGAGACGACAACUGGUGUGCACAAUCUGUACAAGAUGUUCAAGGAGGGUCGUCUGGGUGUGCCCGCCAUCAAUGUGAAUGACUCCGUGACCAAGAGCAAAUUCGAUAAUCUGUAUGGCUGCCGUGAGUCGCUGAUCGAUGGCAUCAAGCGUGCCACGGAUGUGAUGAUUGCUGGCAAGGUCUGCUGUGUCGCUGGCUAUGGAGAUGUGGGCAAGGGUUGUGCCCAGGCACUGAAGGGCUUUGGCGGACGUGUGAUCAUCACUGAAAUCGAUCCGAUUAAUGCCCUGCAGGCGGCUAUGGAGGGCUACGAGGUGACCACCAUGGAGGAGGCCAGCAAGGAGGCUUCCAUCUAUGUGACAACCACCGGUUGCCGGGACAUUAUCACCUCGGAGCAUCUGCUCAACAUGCCCGACGAUUCCAUUGUGUGUAACAUUGGACAUUUCGAUUGUGAGAUCGAUGUCGAUUGGCUAAACAACAAUGCCAAGGAGAAGGUGAAUGUUAAGCCACAGGUGGAUCGUUAUACCAUGCCCAAUGGUCGUCACAUCAUCCUGUUGGCCGAAGGACGUCUGGUCAACUUGGGCUGUGCCCAUGGUCAUCCCAGUUUUGUCAUGUCGAAUUCCUUCACGAAUCAAGUUCUUGCCCAGAUCGAGCUCUGGACCAAAUCAUCCGAAUACAAGGUCGGUGUCCAUGUCCUGCCCAAGCUCCUCGAUGAGGAGGUGGCCAGUCUGCAUCUGGAGAAAUUGGGAGUCAAGCUCUCCAAGUUGUCGGACAAACAGGCCAGCUAUUUGGGUGUACCUAAGACGGGUCCCUUCAAGCCCGAUCACUACAGAUACUAAAUACUAUAUAUCCAGUACAAAAUCUUACUACUUAUCCUCUUUGAUGCAAAUAUCUAUGUGCUUUUUAUACAAACUAAAUGAAAAUGGGUGUUUUGCAUUUUGCUUAAGCUUAAAUAAAUACAAAACUUGAAGAAUA